UUACCGCUCUGUGGUUGUCUUCUCACCACCAUGGACUUUGACACAGAGAGCAUAGAAUAUGCUAAACAGUUUCCUGUGGAGGACACUGAUGUGUUUGUUGCGACUUUUCCAAAGUCAGGUACAACCUGGAUGCAGCACAUCCUCUCACUGGUGCUGAAUGGUGGAGAUCUGACUCCAAUCAAUACAAUUCCAAAUUGGGACCGUGUCCCCUGGAUGGGAUCAAAAAGACUGGCAGAGAUUGCAGAUCAGCUGAAAUCUCCACGUGCACUAGCCACACAUUUAUUAUUUGCCAAGAUGCCCCCAUCCUUCCACACUUCCAAAGCAAAGGUGAUCUACAUCAUGAGGAAUCCAAAGGACGUCCUGGUGUCUUCAUAUUACUUUCACCAGAUGGCAUGUUUCCUCGACAAUCCCAGAACUUUUGAUGAGUUCUUUGACAAUUUUCUGGAAGGCAAAGUCCUGUAUGGAAAGUGGACGGAUCAUGUGAAGAGCUGGAGACGAGCAGGACUGGAAGACAGAAUAAUGUACAUCACAUAUGAGGAAAUGGCUCAAGACCUGCCUGCAUCUAUCAGGCGUGUUUCAGACUUCCUGUGCUGUAAUCUGAGUGAAGAAGUCAUCCAGAAGAUAGCAAAUUCGAGCUCUUUCAAGAGCAUGAAGGCCAACCCCAUGUCCAACUUCAGUACGGUCCCCAAGGGGCACAUGGACAUGGACAAGUCUGCUUUCCUGAGGAAAGGAACUCCAGGAGACUGGAAAAACCACUUCAGUUCAGAACAACUUGUCCGAUUCACAUCAGUCAUUCACAAGGAGCUAGAGGGAGAGGACUUCUCUCUGCCGUGGAGUCUGGAAUGAACAAGAAAUAACAACAUCUGGAAAUAAAAUCAAGACCUCUACUUUAUAAUCUUUUUGAAUAAGGAAACUGAUGUCAAUUUAAAAACACUGUUAGAAUAGCAACUAGAUCAGAAUCACCUGAAUUUUCUAAAACUAAAAACUGUCACGAUUUAUGAAGUAAAUUUCUCAAUUGUGUGUCUUCAUUUAUACUAAAUAUUAACCUACAAAGAACAAAUCAUGAAAAUUUCAUGAAGAUCAGAGCAACCCCGACUAAAUGGAAAAAUAAAAAUAAAUUUGGUUUAUUGAAUAGAA